CAGGCCACUAACCACCCAGAGGCACCCAGCGAGCAGUCCGCUACCCAAGUUCACCGCUGGACAAACGCCCGGUCUCUUCCAGGUAGAGCCACCGCCUAGAAGCGCCACGUCCUCAUUACAGCUACAUGCUUUCCAAAGCUUCUCUCUGGGGUCUCAAAUGUGGCUUACAACGGAUUAACGGCCGUCCGGGAAUUCACCCUACAGUCGGUUGUUAGCGCGGAGCUAACCGGACCGUCUUCGACAGACCCCGCCUCCCUUAAUUUGUCAACAAAGGGGUUUGACAAGCUUGGAGAGACCCCGCCCCCAUGUUCCCAUAAAAGGAUGCUUUGGCCAUACACUGCCGACGAUCCAGCCGCGGGUCACCUCUUCCCUUCCCCGUCCCGUUCAUAUGGUGCGUUGACUUCUUCCGUCGCCGUUAAAGCGGAGCUAUCAUGGCGGAGCGCGUACAGCAGCCCCCGGCCAAGCGGCUCUGCUGUAGACCGGGGUACGGAGCAACAUGUAGGCAAGGCCAGCGGGCCGCAGGGGCGCUGUGUGGCGGCUCAGCUGCCACCCAGGGCGAAUCGAGCCGAACCCAGAGUCCGGAGUCCCUCCUGGACAUCGCGGCGAGGAAAGUCGCGGAGAAGUGGCCGUUUCAACGGGUAGAGGAGCGCUUCGAACGGAUCCCAGAGCCCGUCCAGAGGCGGAUCGUGUACUGGUCUUUCCCAAGGAGCGAACGGGAAAUCUGUAUGUACUCGUCGUUCAACACCGGCGGGGAGGAGCUCGGGAGUAGCGGGGAGAGCGGCGACGAGACGCGGCUGCCUUUCCGACGGGGCAUCGCUCUACUGGAGAGCGGCUGCGUGGACAACGUACUGCAAGUCGGUUUUCACCUGAGCGGCACAGUAAGAGAACCUGCCACAUCCUCCGAACCGGAGCUGCUCUCCAACGUGAGCGUCAGCUUUGACCGCUGCAAAAUCACCGCAGUAACUUGCAGCUGCGGCAACAAGGACAUUUUUUACUGCGCCCACGUCGUGGCACUCUCACUGUACCGAGUACGGAAGCCCGAACAGGUCAGACUGCGCCUGCCCAUCUCAGAGACUCUUUUCCAAAUGAACAGAGAUCAGCUGCAGAAGUUUGUUCAGUAUCUGAUCACAGUGCAUCACACUGAGGUGCUGCCGACGGCACAGAAGCUAGCGGAUGAAAUACUAUCGCAGAACUCCGAGAUCAACCAGGUUCAUGGAGCUCCAGAUCCCACGGCAGGGGCGAGUGUAGACGAUGAAAACUGUUGGCAUCUGGACGAGGAGCAAGUCCAAGAACAGGUCAAGCUCUUUCUCUCCCAGGGCGGGUACCAUGGCUCGGGAAAGCAGCUCAACUUACUGUUCAGCAAGGUGAGAGAGAUGCUGAAGAUGAGGGACUCCAACGGCGCUCGCAUGUUAACGCUGAUCACAGAGCAGUUCAUGGGCGACCCCAGACUGGCGCUGUGGAGGCAACAGGGGACUGCUAUGACUGACAAGUACAGGCAGCUGUGGGAUGAACUAGGGGCUCUGUGGAUGUGCAUUGUGCUGAACCCCCACUGUAAAGCUGAGCAGAAGGGCUUCUGGCUCCGGCAGCUUCGCAGGUGGAACGGCGUGGACGUCUGUCCCUUGGAGGACGGUAACCAUGGCAGCGAGCUGACCAAUCUGACCAACGCUCUGCCCCAGGGCCCUCCCGGCAACCCAGAUUCUCUGACUCGGCCUCACCGUACGGUUUUCACACGAGCCAUCGAGGCCUGCGACCUGCACUGGCUGGACCCCCACCUGCAGCACAUCAUCACUGAGGACCACUACACCAACUAUUGUUACCACGACAACCUCGACAGCUCCCUGUUCGACGCCAGAGGGUGGCCCCUGUGGCACGAGCACGUCCCCACAGCGUGCGCCCGGGUGGACGCCCUGAGAUCACAUGGUUACCCCAAGGAAGCACUUAGGCUGACCAUCGCCAUCGUCAACACGCUGCGGAGGCAACAGCAGAAACAGCUGGAGCUCUUCUGCACACACAAAAAAGAGCUGCUACACAGAGGAAUCACAUCAGUCACCAACCUGGAGAGCUGGGUAGGCCACCCUCUGGACCCUAUCGGCACUCUAUUCAGCACUCUCAUGGAGACGAGGGGUGGCAGCGAGGAAGGAGCUCUGCUUGACUUCACAGGCUCGCUGGGUUCAGGCAGGAGGACGGAGCAUCCUGUUCUUCCUGCGCAGCGCUUCCUGGAGGAUGGCGAGUCGUUUGUGUCGCUGGCUGUGGAGACGGCUCUGAUUGGUUUAGGUCAGCAGAGGGUGAUGCCAGAUGGCCUCUACGCCCAGGAGAAGGUGUGUCGCAACGAAGAGCAGCUGCUGGCCAAGCUUCAAGAGGUCGAGUUAGACGACACGUUGGUGAAGAUCUUCCGGAAGCAAGCCGUGUUCCUGCUAGAGGCUGGUCCUUACAGUGGCCUGGGGGAAAUCCUGUACAGAGAAAGUGUCCCCAUGCACACUUUUGCCAAGUAUCUCUUCACCUCCCUGCUACCUCAUGACGCCGAGCUGGCAUACAGAAUUGCACUGAGGGCCAUGAGGUUGCCGGUGCUGGAGUCCACGGCCCCCUCCGCUGACUUGUCUCGGCCUCACCACAUUGUGUCGGUCGUGCCCAACCGCUACCCUCGCUGGUUCACUCUGAGCCACAUCGAGACACAACAGUGUGAACUUGCCUCCACCAUGCUCACUGCUGCUAAAGGUGAUCCUCGUAAGCUAGAAACAGUGUUAGAGUCCAUCCAGAAGAACAUCCACUCCUCCUCCCACAUCUUCAAACUGGCCCAGGAUGCCUUCAAAAUUGCCACUCUCAUGGACAGCCUGCCGGACAUCACGUUGCUUAAGGUCUCCCUGGAGCUGGGCCUUCAGGUGAUGAGAAUGACCCUGUCGACGCUGAACUGGCGGCGGAGAGAGAUGGUGCGCUGGCUCGUCACCUGUGCUACUGAAGUUGGUGUGUUUGCAUUGGACAGCAUCAUGCAGAGCUGGUUCACCCUCUUCACCCCGACUGAAGCGACCAGUGUCGUGGCAAGCACAGUCAUGUCCAACAGCACCAUCGUCCGCCUGCACCUGGACUGCCACCAGCAGGAGAACUUGGCCAACUCGGCCCGCACCCUGGCCCUGCAGUGUGCCAUGAAGGACCCCCAGAACUGUGCCCUGUCGGCUCUGACGCUCUGCGAGAAGGACCACAUUGCCUUCGAAACAGCCUAUCAGAUUGUACUGGACGCGGCAGCCACAGGAAUGAACUACACUCAGCUGUUUACAAUAGCACGCUACAUGGAGCACCGUGGUUAUCCUAUGAGGGCCUACAAGCUAGCAACGUUAGCCAUGACUCACCUGAACCUCAGCUACAACCAAGACACACACCCGGCCAUCAAUGACGUGCUCUGGGCAUGCGCGCUCAGCCACUCGCUGGGAAAAAACGAACUGGCGGCUGUCAUUCCCCUGGUGGUGAAAAGUGUGAAGUGCGCCACCGUCUUGUCGGACAUUUUGCGGCGGUGCACGCUAACGACGCCAGGCAUGGUGGCGCUGCACAGUCGCAGGAACUCUGGGAAACUGAUGUCUCUGGAAAAAGCUCCGCUCAGGCAGCUACUGGAUGCCACGAUCGGGGCCUACAUCAACACGACACACUCCAGGCUGACGCACAUCAGCCCUCGUCACUACAGCGAAUUCAUCGAGUUCCUCAGUAAAGCCCGAGAGACGUUCCUCAUGGCGCACGACGGACACAUCCAGUUCACACAGUUCAUAGACAACCUGAAACAAAUUUACAAGGGCAAGAAGAAGCUCAUGAUGCUCGUUAGAGAGAGAUUUGGUUGAAAGAGGAUCAUUUGACCAAAUCUCCAUUUUUUUUAACUUGAGUCUCCUUUUUUAUCCUUUCUAACUUGAAGUGAAAAUCAACUUAAAACAACAUCCAUGUGAAUCUUUUUCCUGUAAUUUGGGACUGAUGACGAGGAACAGUUUCCUAAAGGCAAAUAAUUAAAUGAAAAGUCUGUGAUGUGACAGCAUACCAAGCAUGAUCCCAGACAGGUUCUAGUGUUAGACAGCCCAAACUGAAAGAAUGAAACAUGUUUUUAGUUGUCAACUUCUAAAGUUGACAAGUCUGAAAUUGGAAGAAAAAAAAGACUGUAAACCACAAAGGCAACACCUGGGGCCAGAUGUGUCAAACUGUUUAUGGAUAUGCACAUUUUUUGGCAGUUUUUUGAAGCUGUGUACCAUGAAUGGGCAUAAAAAAGCCUGACUCACUUGGUUCAUAUCGAUAAUUCAAGGGAAGCUUCAACUGUAGCCACAGCCGCUUAAUGGUUAACAGCUUAUUAUUAUCAUAGCACUGCAAUAACGAACAGUACAUUUCAGUCUGCAACAGAUGAUUAGUUUUAUUGAUCACAAUCAUUUGGUCAAUAAAAGAAAAUGGUGAAAAACAGCAGAGCAACAUCCCCAAAUGGCUUUCUUUGUCCAGUACCAGUCCACAAUCCCAAAGUAUGACAUUUUGGACACUAAUUCUCUCACUUAAGGCUUUAAACUAGCUAGUGUUCCGUAUUUGUCAGUAUUUGAUUAUUGAAAUAGUUGCAGAUUCAUUUUCUGUUAUCAACCAAUAAAUCGAUUGACUAACUGUAGCAACUGUACUUCUGCUAAUGUUACUUUGGAUUGCAAAAUGAUCACACCAUUAUGAUUGAGGCCGAGUCCUCACUGACAUGGAUCAUUUUAAGAAAAUGAAGUUUGUAAAUUCAUCUUUGAUGAAUUAAAAAAAAUGCAAAAAUAAGAAUCAGUGCAAACAGCUACUAUGUUGGCAAUUGAGUCAAUUUUCAGAUGGCAAAAAAGGCUAAAAAUUCAGUUUUUAGCUCCUCCAAUGUGAAAAUUUCUGUCAAAAUAAUACAGUGAAGUGGAUAUCUUAUCUUCUGUAAAGCCUUUUUUGCUGUAUUCUGAUGUCUGACAGACCAAUCGACUGACUGACGAUGCAAGAUUGAUCAGCGGUGACAAUAAUAGUUUGUGGUAGCUCUGAAAAUGUGUUUUACUUUUGGAUUAUGUGUCACCUUAUAUUUAAUCUGCUUAUCAUUUCAACCACAUUGUGUGUCUCCUGGUCUAGUUGGUAUUUCUUACACAGAUCAUUGUACACAUCUGGCCCCACGGUUAUUGAUGUGUAUAAACGGUAAAGUUUGCAGAAGGAGAAGGCUGUCAGUUUGUGGAUGUUUGUGUGUUUUUCCCUUUACAUGUAUGACAGUGAGAGAGUUUUACACUGACUGUAUCCUGUAUUGUCCAGUGGCAAAAUGUCUACCUUGCACUCCUCUUACUUCCUUCAGCUCACAGCCUCAAAGAGAAGUCAAACGGCUUUAAACCAAAUGGAGCAACUCCAUCUGAAGUGACGAGUACCUCUUUUUAAGGAUCCAGCUUUACUCUCCCCCCCCACAGGCCUCCUUGCCCAUCUGCUCGAGAAAAAACUCCAAAUCCACCAUCAGAAUUCAUUUUACUGGGUUAUUUUCUGCCAUCUUCAGGCUGAUUGCUUUGGCUUUGCAGUGUUGUCUCAAAAGUUCAGUAUGCUCAUUUUACAAAGACAAACUGUCACAGCGCUCGCUCUUGUGGAAACUUGGCAACUGUCAGCAUACGUUCUCAGGGAUUUCUCUAAAGAAAAAACAGACGAAAAAGAAGAAAAAAAGAGCAAAAGCAUUUUAUUGUUCUGUAUAUAUGAAAGUAUAUGUCUGAAUAUUGAAAAAUGUAUAUGUUAACUAAUUUAUGACAGAAUAUUCUAUAUGUAAGGCACAAUACUUGAAGCUGCAGUACUUUUGGUUUUUGAAACAAACAUGAAAAAAACAUAUCAGUAGGACUUCGAAAUGUUUGCCUUGCAUUGCAUCCGGGGCCGGUCCAAAUGCUAACACACUGCAGACGUGAUGAACUGCAGAGAUGGCCGGCUGUAAGACAGACGUGGACACACAAAUGCAGAAGUGAUGGCUGUGGAGGCAAAGCAGCAGCGACAUGCAACUGCUGCAGAAACCUGCCUUCACAUCAGCAUCUGCAACGAUUCGCUCCCAAACUGAAGCUGGUUCACGUCCAUGCCUCUUCUUCUCACAUCUCGACUUUGUGCAGGACAGAAAGUUGCUCUAAACUGUAGGUCUCGACUGUUUUUUUUUUUAAAACGCUAUUUUGUGUUUUUAAUUUCUCUUCCUCUUCAACUGAUUUAAUUUCUCUCUAGAAUUCCUCACACGAGAACAGCCUUCUUUCUUGCCUUGUCUUAAUGCUUUAAAAUAACCAAAUGGGAGUUCUAACUACCAAACUCUUUUCAUAUGCCAACUGACUUUGGUUACAGCCUUUUAGUGUCUUUAAUUUGUAGCUGGACUGGCUCUGUAUUCUGUGCUUUAAAAGCUCAUCUCAUGUGUUCUUCGAUGUCGUCUCUUUGAGGUCUGUUAGUAGCUCCUUUGUUUAGAAACAAAUGAUGCUCCCUUUUAUUUAUUACAUUAGGUGAAUGAUUGUACAACCAUGUCGACAUGCUCAUGAAGUUGAAACUAAGAUUUGAUACACUGAUCGAUUUAUUUAUGUAACUAAAUCACUGUUUUAUAAACUUGUUAAUGAAUCAACACUUGGUUUUGAGUAAAUUAGUUUUUUGAGAGGA